AUGCCACGUAAAGCCAAGAAAUCAGCUGAAAGAAAGGCAUCAGAGCAGAGACUCAGGAUGCAGCAGAGACGAAAUCAGGCCACUGGACAGAGCGUCAUCUCUUUAAACUGUCCUGAAGAGAGCGUCACCUCUAUAAAAUGUCCUAAAGAGAGCGUCACCUCUAUAAAAUGUCCUGAAGAGAGCGUCACCUCUAUAAAAUGUCCUGAAGAGAGCGUCACCUCUAUAAAAUGUCCUGAAGAGAGCAACACCUCUUUAAACUGUCCUGAAGAGAGCAACAUCUCUAUAAAAUGUCCUGAGAGCGUCACCUCUAUAAAAUGUCCAAAUCAAAUAGAGAAUAAAACAAAUAGAAAUGAAACAAAUAUGCUGAAGAGAAACAAACAAGAAAUAGAAAACAAAAACAAAACUGCAAGAUCUCCACCAUCUAAGAUGCGCAAGGUUGAUAGAAAAGAAAGCCAAUUCAACUCAGGAAAAGAAAUUAAACUGGCAGUAGUUCAAGGUACUUUUCACCAAGGAGAUUCCAGGUUUGGAAGAAAUAGUGGAAAGCAAUGCGUUGCUAAUAGUUUGUCAGCAAUUGCUCACAGCAAAUUGAAAGAUGUAGAUAAGUGGGAUCAGGCAUAUCUGGACAAUGUCUUAAUUGAGGGAAAUGAGAUCUAUACUUGGAUUCAUGGAACAAAUGACUUGUUGUUGAUGUCAGACUUACCAGAAAUGAUUGAAAUAUCAGGUAAAAUGAUGCAGAUUAGAAAAAAAGACUCGAUCUCAGCAACAAUUGAUAGUAAUGGGACCAUUGAUUUCAGUGCAUUUGGUAAUUGUCUACCACUAGAUUUGGCAAUACAAGAAUCACUCAUGAACUCUGAUGGUUGUUUCAUAUGUGCCAUUAAUCAAACUUUUAUGGUGAUCAAGUACAAACAUGAUCUCUAUUUGUUUGAUUCACACUCAAGAAAUUCAUUUGGUUUAGUUGAUGGGAAUGGAAAAAGUUUACUAAUGCAAUUAGAGAACUUGGAUCAUUUAUAUGAUUAUUGCUGUAAUUUAGUGCAUGGAGUAGAUCAGACUAAUCAGUGGUUUGAAGUCACUGGUAUUAGAAUAACAACCGAGGAAAUUUUGUCAACUGAGAAUGUUUUGCACAGUUUCAAUGCAAUGGAGGAUGGCUUGAUGCAAAAUAAUGUUAAUUAUCCAUCUGGACAAGAGUCAGAGAAUGCACCUAUGCCAGGAAGAGAGUCUAAUCUUCCUAGGAGUGAUAGUAAUUUCUCAAAACACGAAUCAUUACCCACUGAAGAUGUCUCAGAAAGUGAAGAUAUGAUCCAUAACCAUUUGAGUAUUCCGGAAUGUGAAUUAAAAAUUCAAGAUGACACAAGUAGUUCACUACUGCAGUGUUCUUCAGACAUAGAAAUUGUAUCAGAAAAUGAAGACCGCACGAGUUACAAUUUCAUACCUCUUACAAUUGCAACCAAAAGAGAAUUAUGCAAUGUGCUGCACAUUUCUUCUAAACAAGUAUGUAAGAAACAGUCUGACGUUGUUUACAAUAUGGGACCUCCAAAAGAAACAAAAUCGAUAGAGGAAGAUGGUAAUUGUCUGUUCAGAGCAAUCUCAUAUGCAGUAUCAAAUAGACAACAGUAUUAUCACAAGGUUAGAGGGGCUGUUGUUAACCACAUUAAGAAGACAGAUGCUUUGAAAUCAUUUUUAAGACCGGAGUUUCAGUCCGUUGAGCAGUAUAUCCAAAUGUCCAAAAUGGAGAAUGACAAAACAUGGGGAACAGAGCUUGAAAUUUUAGCUGCUGCAGAUCUCCUAAAGACAGAUAUAUUUACCUUUCUAAAUGGAUCUUGGAUCAAAUAUUCAUCUUCUCAGAUAUGUUCAAACAAUAAAGUUAAAGGUGAAUCGAUUUACCUAAAACAUACAGGGAAUUCCAAUCAUUAUGAAUGUGUGACAUUUGUAAAUGAUAAAGAUCUUUCACAAGCAACAAGGAACAUGCAAACUAAGAACUCGAAAAUAGGGGGAAGAAAACGUAAUGCUAAAAGAGUAAAGCAAAUGAAUGCUCCUGUAACAAAGGUAUUAAAAACGGACAGUAUGGACUGUAACCAAGAAACUUUCAGAGAUUCAUCAAAGGCUGUUAAAGAAAAAGAAAAGUACAAAACAAGCAAGGAAUUUAGGGAAAAGAAGAAAAAUACUUCAAAACAAAAAUAUGAAACAGAUCCAAAACAUAGAGCAACUAUUAUAAAACGCAUGAAAAACCAUUAUAAAAAUGAUGAUGAAUACAGGGAAACGAUAAAGAAUGCUAACAAAAUAAAGUAUGAAACCAACUAUGAAUUCAGAGAAAAAGUUAAGGCGGCAAGCAAAGAGAAGUAUGAGACAGAUGACGAUUUCAGAGAAAAAAAGAAGAAUGCAAGCAAAGAAAAGUUUGAAACUGAUGCAGAUUUCAGAGAAAAAAUGAAUAAUGCAUGCAAAGAGAAAUAUGAAAAAGACGACGAUUUCAGAGAAAAAAAGAAGAAUGCAAGCAAAGAGAAGUAUGAAAAAGACGACGAUUUCAGAGAAAAAAAGAAGAAUGCAAGCAAAGAGAAGUAUGAAAAAGACGACGAUUUCAGAGAGUAUGUCAAAAAUUUCAGCAUGAAUAAGUAUGAAAAGGAUAUCAAUUUUAGAAAUACAGUCAAAGAAACAAGCAAACGUAAAUAUGACCAAAUCGAAGCACACAGAGAAAAAAUUAAAUGUCAAGUGAAAUUUAGACGGGACGUACUGAAAAAAGAAUGUGAAAAUAUCGAAAAUGUCAUUGAGAAAUUCAAAGCAGACGUUAAAAGUGGACCAGAAUAUGUUUGCUCAUGUUGCUUCAGAUUGUUAUUUGAAAAUCAGGUACUCUUUUGCAAUAAAGAGAAAUACAACAGCAUGUUACUUGAAACGUGUAUUUCUGAAAAAUAUCUGCACAAAUGUGACACAGACUGUGCUUCAGGGUGUUCAUUUGCAGGAACAAGUAGGACAAACCUCUGGAUUUGUUAUACAUGCCACAGAAAGUUAUUAAAAGGAGAUGUACCCUGUAUGUCAUUUGCAAACAACACUGAGUUAGAAAAAGUACCAGAAGUGCUUGAAUGUCUCAAUUCGUUAGAACAACAUCUGAUAUCACUGAAUAUACCUUUCAUGAAAAUACUUGGUUUGCCAAAAGGAGGACAGAAAGGUGUUCAUGGUCCUGUUGUUUGUGUACCGUCUGAUCUGAGAAAAGUAACCUCUAUUUUGCCGAGAUCAGAGGACGAAAAUCUGUUGCUGAAAGUUAAACUGAAAAGAAAGUUGAAGUACAAGGGAUAUGAAGAAUAUCAGUUUGUAAAUUCCAAACAUUUAGAGGAAGCAUUAUUGUUUUUAAAAGAAAACAAUUUCUGGUACUCUGAUGUUAAAGUAAAUGAAAAUUGGCUUAAUCCAAUUCCUGAAGAAAAAGAAUUGGAUGAUAUUGUUGAUUGUGAUGAUGAAACUGCAAAUGCAGAAAUUACGUCAAGCAGAUGUGAUAAUGCUUCAGAGAACAGUGAAGAUAUCACAGUAAAAUGUACAGAAAAUGAAGCUGAAUCAUUCCUAGACGAAAACUUGCGAGGAAUUCAGUUAGAUACUUGUUUACAACCAGCUGACAUUGGACAAGAAGUAUUGGAUUUAUGCUUUGACAAAGUGUUUGAAAUUUCACCGGCAGAGGGGAACAACCCAGUUUCAGUUCUAAAAGAGGAAGGCAUUGAAGCAAAAACAUUCCCUGUUCAUUUUCCGAGUGGGAAAAACACUUAUUCAGAAGAACGAAAUGAAAAGUUAACACUUGGAAGAUACUUUAAUCUUCGACUGAUGAGUGUUGAGAAUAGAUUUGCUAGAGAUACAUCCUAUUUAUUCUUUAGUCAGUAUUUAUCAGAAUUAGAAAGAGUUAUUUCAAAUGUUCAAAUAUCAUUGAGGAAAGAAUCAGCGUUUUCUGCAGAUGGAUCCAAAAUUACCGGAGAAAUGCUCUGUGACAAGAAUGUUUUAAAGAACCUCUUUAAAAAAGACGAAGCAAUCAAAUUUUUAAAACCAGUCCGCGGAACACCACCGUAUUGGCAAGCUGCACAAAAAGAUAUCUUUGCAAUGAUACGUCAGUUGGGUAUACCGCAGUUUUUUUGUUCCUUUUCAUCUGCAGAUUUUAGAUGGACAGAAAUUGUAGAAACUAUUCUUAAACAGCAGGGAGAUACACGAAAGUUAGAAAACCUCACAUGGAAUGAUAAAUGCAAAAUUCUGCGUAGUAACCCAGUUACUGCAGCUAGAAUGUUUGACCACAGAUUUCACACAUUUCUUAAUAAUGUUAUCAUGUCAGACGCUGAACCAAUUGGAAAAGUCAUUGAUUAUUUCUAUAGAAUUGAAUUCCAACAAAGAGGCUCUCCACAUACACAUUGUUUAUUUUGGAUAGAAGGUGCUCCGAAAUUUGGAGAAAACUCUGAUUCUGAGGUUGUGGAGUUUAUCGAUAGAUAUGUAACAUGUGAAGUACCAGAUGAACAAGAGGAUCAAGAGCUACACGACAUUGUGAUGUCUGUACAGCAACACAGUAAAAACCAUUCCAAGUCAUGCAAAAAGAAGGGAACAGUUUGUAGAUUUAAUUUUCCCAGACCACCUUCCCAGAGAACAUUCAUUUCAAAGCCUCAUGAAACUAGUUCUACCGACAGAAAUGAAGAUCAACUGGCCAAAGAAAGACUAUCAUUUAUGUGGGACACUUUAAAGUCCAAUGAAAAUGUUACCACUUCAAACCUACUUCAGAAAUCCGGACUGACGCAGGAAGAGUUUGAAUUAUGCUUUAGCUUCAUUACAAAGAGAAAUACUAUUGUUUUGAAAAGAGAACCCAUUGAAGUGUAUACAAAUCAAUACAACAAACAUCUUUUGAGAGCAUGGAAUGCAAAUAUGGACAUCCAGUACAUUUUAGACGCAUUUUCUUGUGUUGUUUACAUCAUAAGUUAUAUAAGUAAAGCUGAACGAGAACUAGGAUUACUACUGCAACACACAAAGAAUGAAGCUAUUGAAGGAAAUCUACACGCGCAGGAGGCAAUGAAGAAAGUUGGUACUGCUUACAUGCACCAUAGGGAGAUAAGUGCUCAAGAGGCUGUUUAUAGAGUGACUGGAUUAAGGUUGAGAGAAUGUUCAAGAAAGGUAGAAUUUGUACCAGUUGGAGAAAAUCCUUGUAGAAUGAGCAUUCCUUUGAAAGAUGUCAGAAGAAAGACUGACUCUAAAAUAAAAAAGCCGAAAGAUUCUAAUGAAAAACCAGAUGAUGCAAAAGAUGAAUCUGAUAUAUGGCUGACAAAUAUUGUGGACAGAUAUGAAGGAAGACCAAACAUUGACAUGUUUCAGAAAAUGUGCCUUGCAUCAUUUUGUUCAGAAUUUGCUGUUUUAGCCGAAUCACAAUUGCCAAAGAAAAUAAAUGAAGAAACAACAUUCAAACUUUCAAACAAGUUGGGUUACAUUAGAAAAAGGACCAAAACAAAACCAGCAGUUAUCAGAUUUCCAAGAUUUUCAGUAGAGGCUGCUAGUGAAAAAUACUAUCAAAGUAUCUUACAACUGUUUCUGCCAUACAGAGAUAAAUGUCAACUCAAGCCCGCAAAGUUUGAAACAUAUGAGACUUUCUAUGAAACAGGAUAUGUCAAGUAUUCUGGAGAGAAAACGUUACUGUCAGUGAAACACAUUGUGGAUUGCAAUAUGUCAGAAUUUGUUAAAGAUGGGGAAAAUUUAGAAGAAGCAGAAAGAAUUUUAGAUGCACAGGGUCCUCAAGAGGACGCAUGGUGUGAACUGUGUCCAGAAACAGAAAAGAUUAGACUGGAAUGCAUGGAGGACAGACAAACUGUAAAUGUAGAAGAUGAAGACAUUUCUGAGAAAUCAGUGCCCGAUUUAAGUACAGACAAUCGAGAAGGUACAGGAACAAAUCUACUGUGUUUGUCUUUGCCAGAGAAAAAUGAAGUCACACCUCUUCUGCAAUCACUAAACUCAAAGCAACAAGAAGUGUUUUACAAAGUUAGAGACUGGUGCCUUAAGAAAAAGAAUGGCCAAAAUCCAGAUCCAUUUCAUUUGUUU